UUCGUGACGUGAACGUGACUCUGAAUUAUUCUGCACGUAUUCGUCGCCCGCAACGGACGUACAACGUACAACGUAAGCACAUCACAUCACAUCACAGCACUCUCGUGUGGCGCGCUUCGUUCUAGUUCUUCACGUUACUUUCCCAUCGUCAUCGUCGUCAUCAUCAUCAGCGCUGCAGUUUUCACGUACGCUGCCCGGCCGUGCAACUGUAACAACCCGUAUCCCGUAUCCGUAUCCGUGUGUGUGUGUGUUUGUGUGCGUGGCACCGUGGACGCCCUGUGCGUGCGUAAUUGGCGCCCAUUUGUUUGCAGGCCGCGACGCGCCACGACGUAACGCAACCCGUACCCGUAACCGUAUUCCGUAUCCGUUUUGCCGGAUUCCCAAAUCGCAAUCGCAAUCACAGUGCCAACUGCUCAGUUGGAAGCUGCAAUUUUCGCCGAGCGACGUGCCAAACGCGUCUGACGUGAUCCGUGCUCGACCAAAAUAACAAAAAAAAAAAAAAAACGAAGAGAGAGAGAAAAGAAUUAACUGGCCAAAAGUCGAUAGCUCGCUAAUUUGAAUGCCAAUCGAAGCGCUGUCUGCUGUCUGACUGACGCUUCCCGACGUUAGUUUUCCGUGCGUGUUACGCCCACGCUCCGUGACUUUGUCUACGUGUGUGUGCCUGUGUGUCUGUGUGUGUGUGUCUGUGUCCAAGGAUAAUUGAAGACAGCAACUGACACGUACGCGUGCUCCAAUUGCCAGACACACAACAAAAGGAUGCGUCGUUGACCCCCAAGAAAAAGUGUGCCAAAAAAAACCCAAAACCAAAACCAAAACAAAACCCAAUCUCUAAAGUGCAAUAUUGGAUGAGAAAAUGUGCCAGUUCUAAAAGUUAAAGUCUUCCAAGUGUUACACGCACAACAUUUUUCCACUUUUGGCAACCGAGUCGAGAGCACUUUUGUGAAGCACAGACAUGAUGCCCUAUCAGGCGGUGGCCAUGGACUAUGCCGGCUAUCAGCGGCAGCCAACGCCAGGUCAUCCGGGCAGUCACAUGAUCGGCUCCCUGGGCAUGUCAGCGGUCCCAUUCACGCCCUCGUGGAUGGUCCCCGCCCAGGACCUUUGCGGCAUGUCCCCGUACAACAAAAUGCCCAACCAACAUCAGCCGGGCGCACCCGGAAUGCACUCACAACAGCAACCCAUCGAACCGGGCAUUCUUGAGCUGCGCAAGGAAAAGUCACGAGAUGCUGCACGCUCGCGACGUGGCAAGGAGAACUAUGAGUUCUAUGAGCUGGCCAAGAUGCUGCCCCUGCCGGCAGCCAUAACCAGCCAGCUGGACAAGGCUUCCAUUAUAAGACUGACCAUAAGCUAUUUGAAAUUGAGAGACUUUUCCGGUCACGGAGAUCCGCCAUGGACCCGCGAGGCAUCGAGCAGCAGCAAACUCAAAAGUGCAGCCAUUCGACGCAGUCCCGCCGUUGAUUUGUUCGAGCAACAUCAGGGCACCCACAUACUACAGUCGCUGGAUGGCUUCGCUUUGGCAGUGGCAGCGGAUGGUCGCUUCCUGUACAUAUCGGAAACGGUGUCCAUCUAUCUGGGACUGUCGCAGGUGGAGAUGACCGGCAGCAGCAUAUUCGACUACAUCCAUCAGGCGGAUCAUGCGGAAAUCGCCGAGCAGCUGGGUUUGAGUUUAACCAGCGGCGGGGGCGGAGGAGGAGGCGGUGGCGGUGGCGGUGGCAGCAGCGGUAGCGGUGCAGCAGGCUUGGCAUCGCCAACAUCGGGCGCCUCCGAUGAUGGCAGUGGCACACACGUUGCUGCCUCAAUGACGCAGGCUUCCACCAGCGGCUACAAAGGCUAUGAUCGCAGCUUCUGUGUGCGCAUGAAAUCGACGCUGACAAAACGUGGCUGUCACUUUAAAUCCUCUGGCUAUCGGGUUGUGCUACUUCUCUGCAAGCUGCGUCCCCAGUACACCUUCUCGCACACCCGCAAAUCGCAGCCGCCCCUUCUGGGCAUGGUCGCAUUGGCGAUUGCGCUGCCGCCGCCCUCAGUCCAUGAGAUUCGUCUCGAGUGCGAUAUGUUUGUCACCCGCGUAAACUUUGAUCUGCGCGUUGCGCACUGCGAACCAAGAGUUUCGGAUUUGCUGGACUAUUCACCCGAGGAUCUCGUCAACAAGAGCAUGUAUUCGCUAUGUCAUGCUGAGGAUGCCAAUCGCCUGCGUAAAAGUCACACAGAUUUGAUCGAAAAGGGUCAAGUGCUGACUGGCUAUUAUCGACUGAUGAACAAGAACGGCGGCUACACUUGGCUUCAAACUUGCGCCACAGUUGUUUGCAGCACUAAGAACGCCGAUGAGCAGAACAUCAUUUGCGUUAACUAUGUCAUCAGCAAUCGAGAGAACGAGAACCUUAUACUGGACUGUUGUCAGCUGGAGCCGAGUGUGGACAGCAUUAAGCACGAAGAGGGACUGGGAAAUGAUAAGAGCAGCGGUUCACCUGGAGGUGAUGCUAAUGUCGAUGGCAACACGCAUCUCAGUGCUGGGGAUAUGAAGCUGGGACUCGGUUCCCCCAAGACCGAUCCCGAGGGACACACGCAACGCGGUCGGGGACGCAAUGCGACGACGGCGCAUGGAAGUCUCAAUAGUUUGGCACUGAUCAAGGACAGUCCGACGCCGCUGGGCGUGGAAGUCGAUGGCGUGCUGCCCGCCACAGUGGCCACGCCCGUGCCCACGCCCACGCCCACCACGAGCGGCACAACGAAGCGCAAGCGGAAGAGCAAGGCGGCACAGCAGGCGGAGGAGCAAGCGGAGCAACAGCAGCAGGCGGAGCAGCAACCGCUGAGCAAGUUGCCAGCACUCGAGCAACGAGAUGCAGUGCAGCAGCCAAGGAGUCGCCUGCCCUCGAUUGUGGACGAACAGCCGACAGCUGGAGCUGCGGACUCGGCUGUCAAGGAUCUGGAACAUGCCAUGUCCAAGCAUCUACCUUCACCCUCAGCCAACAACAACAACAACAGCAACCAGCCCAACACAGACUUCAGUGCGGAUACGCUGCUCAAGCAACAACAGCAGCAGCAACAACAACAGCAACAACAACAGCAGCAUGAUCCCAACGAGAAGAGCAGCACCAUCCAGUGGAUAGGUGCUCCGUAUCAGCAGCCACCGCACAUGCCGGCCACAGCGUUGCUCCGUCAGCUGCACGCCGUGAAUCGCGAGAGCGUCAUCCGGGCUACGGCCAGGCAAACGCCCACCGGAGUGGGCGUGUUCUAUGGGGAGCAGCAGGGUGGACCGCUGCCCACGCCUCCGGGCAGUGAAUCCUCGUAUGAGAAUCAAUAUCUGCAACUGCAUUCGGCGGCAGCGGCGCCGUCGGUGGCACGUCCUGGGAGCCAGAAGGGCGCCAAUCUCUCGGAUGCGUUCACCAAUCUGGUGUCCACCUACGGUGGCUAUCACAGCUCCAUUGACUACCACAACGCAAUGACGCCGCCCAGUUCGGUGUCUCCACGCGAUAGCAACAACUCCGCCAAGGCGCCUCCUUCGGCUGCUCUGGUCGUCAACGGUGGCUACGAUUAUGCUGAUCCUCUGCGGGGUCAAUAUGCCACUCCGGUGGAUGCCUCCUCGGCGACUACGUUGCCAUUGAAGCCUCAGGCGUAUACGGCGGCAAUGCAUCCGCAUGCGGGGCAUGCCACAACGACAACGGAGGGCGGCGUCACCUACAGCAAUCUGGAUCAGCCGCAGUACUUUGCACCGCACUCGAGCUUCCAUCUCUAUCACAAGGGCAGCCCCGCCAGCGGCUGGUACUCCACACCCUCCUAGGCUCUGGAUGAAUCAUCGGGCCAGCAGUUGCCCGAUUGUCAGCAUCAACAUCAGCAUCAGGAGCGUUGGGACUUCGUGGGCGCUCUUGGCAAAGUGGCGCGAAUGUUCUUCAGCGCACGCAAGAGUAAUUAGCGCCAUCUAACGGCGGGGUGUGGCACACAAGUUAACGUCAUUUAACGGCGAGUGCGGCAGCCAAGCUAGCGCCAUCUAGCGUUCGAUUGUAAAUAUCACUCACAUUUUCAAACCUAAUUUAAAGCUUAAUUUAAAAAGAAAACAGCAAAAAAACGGAAAAAAGAAAAUUCUAUAAAAUUGUUUAGUAAUUUUUAUAUACUAUUUUUUGGCUAAAUGCAAAAUGUUAAAACAUUCAAUGUUGUUAAAUAAUUUGUAAGCUUGUACAUGAAACAUAAGAAGAGAAGCGAAGGAAAAAAAAAACAAAAAAAAACUCACACCCAUUGAAAUUCUAUUUAAAAUACUCGGCAUAAUUGCAAUUAACUAAUUAAAUUAAAUUAAAUUAAAGUAAAUUAAUAUACUCUUGCAUAAGACUUGGAUAGUGUGCCAACAACAACAACAAAAAAAGCAACCACAACAUUAUAUAAUAAUAUAUAAUUAUAACUAUAAACUAUAAUGAGAUUAAUUAAAUAAAUUAACUUUAGCAUUAAAUUUAAAGCACUCGUAAAUCAAAACCGAAAAAGCAACAAACAAAAAAAUCAAAUGCUUAUUCCCAUAAUUCUAAUUCUUAUGCUAAUUGUUAUUAAUUAUUUAAAUUAAUUGUAUUGUACAUUUCUUAAUAAUUACCUAAUAACUAUGGGCAUAUACUUAUUAUAAUUAACAACACAUUUUUACAACAUAUCAAAUGCUUCCUCUUCUAGAUUACACCUACGAUUACGAUUAUGAUAACGAUCAAGCAUUAAAAAAAAAAACAAAAA